GACGCUUUGGAUUUUCCCUGAGACGGAGAAGAAAGCCUUACAUUUUACCUUAAGGUUUUAUCAGUAAUUAUUCAUUGUAGCGUAUACUGCACCUCAUAGUAUUUACAUCCUGCAAAGGUCUGACCUGCUGUCAAGUUACUCUUCGUCUCGAUUGAGUUCCAGAAAAAUGCCCCUACAACUUCUUGAAGGGAUGUCCAGCAAGAAGCGAAAACCUAACUGGACAGACCAGGAGUGUCUUCUUCUUGCUCAGUUAAUGCAGGAGAGAAAAGACAUAAUCAGAGGGAAGUGCUGCACUGGAGUUUCAAUACAGGAUAAAAGACAAGCCUGGGAGGAAAUAUCCCAAGCCAUCAACACUGCAUUUCCACAGAUUCAGCGUACAGUUUCUGACUGUAACAAAAAGUGGGAAAAUCUGCUGGCAAAGUCAAGGGAGGAGAUCAAACGACAGAAAAGGCAAGCGGGCAUAGAAGGCCUGUCUCUUGAACAGUUUGGUACUGUGACUCAAGUAGUGAUUUCUGUGAUGAACCUGUCAGACAUGUUGCAACAAGAUAGGAAAGACUCUUCAGUCUCAGAGUUGGUGGAAACUCAACUAAACAGCUGUGAUGAAAAUGAGCACACAAUAGAUGAAAGAUUCUCAAACAAACAUCCACUGAGAGAGCUUGAACUCCCGGCAUAUCCAGAUCCAUCCACUUCUCCAGCAAAACAAAAAAUGGCAGCAUCCACUAACGUCCCUAAAUCACUCGCAGUGCAUUUUAGUACACAUCGUGCUACUGGCUUUGCUGCUUCCUCAGACCACCUAGAUACCCCCUGCUCUACUUCCCCACCCGCAGUACACUGCAAAACUAUGCAAGAGCGAAUGGAUUUGGAAAUGUCUGUGCUGAGAAGACAAGAGGCAGUCCUCAAGCUACAAGAGGAAUAUUACACACUAAAAAUUAAGCUGAUGAAAAAGCAAAUGGAAGAGCCACUUUCAAAGGACUGAAGUAGCUGUAGAGUACGACCUGUUGCACCUGUUUGUGACUUGUGCCUGCCUCUGAAAUGUGUACACUCAUGUCAACGAAUAUUUAAGUAAUAUUAAUAAUUUAUAUCUGUAAUGUUUUUUGUAUAGUGAAAUACUAAAACAGCACAUUUAAUUUAGUUGGAUACACAUUCCAUACUCUGCCACUGAGAAAUAUUGAUUAGGUUUGUGUGGUCACACUUCACAAUCCCACAGCCAAGCAUUUAUAGCAAAUUUGCUUUUUGAUCCCUUGAUGUCAGCUCUUCCUUUCAUUGUGAAAAAUAAUUUGCCAAUUGUUUCACCCUUCUGAUGAUGUGUUGUAGUAAAAGUCUGCUGUCCCAUCAUUUCAGUAAAACUGUAUUUAUUAGUUAAUUUUCAUCCUUGUUUUUCCCCAAUUUGUGAUGGCCAAAGACCUUUUUUUUUUUUUACAGCUGACAUUUUGACUUAUCAUAACAGGAACAGCACAGGUGUAACUUAUAACAUUCAUUAUGACACCAUACCAUUGAAGUGUCCCUGUAAACGCAGUGAGCCACCAUGCACAGUACCAUGAGCCUGGAAAAAUUGCAUUAAAAUAUCUGAAGUAUUCCCUUUGUCACUGCAAACUCCACUGUUGGCUAGUAUGGGUAGUAGAGUGACAGUCAUGUUCCUUUGACUUCCCUCUAUAUUGAUAUACAAUGAUGAGAGUAUAGUUUAUACUUAUGAGUACAACAACAACAAAUGACACAUUAACAAAAGCUCACAUAACCUUGAAUUAUUUCCUAGGUGAAUGCCAUGUGCCAUAUUACUGUGGAAGUACAGCUAUUACAUUUUCAAAUUCUUGAAAUCAGAGUUAUUCUUUGUAGGAAGUAUAAUUUAGUUUAGUUUAUCUGGCAGCGAAGUCCAACUCAUAUAUGUAUAGUUUUACACUGUGAGAAAUGUAGUUUAUUUGCUGAUUCAUGCCAUUUACUCCUAAGUGCGAAUUUGGAACCUGUAAAUGUUUGACAUAUACCAAUCUACAUAUUUAUUUAAAUUUAACUUGGUCAUGCCAAUGUAAGUGAAGCUACAAAAAUGUCCUGUCUAGACAAAUGUAGUAAUUUGUGUGUAAUAUUUCUCAUAAAUCUGUUUAUUUGUAAGUGAUGGGGGUUGGCACCCAGAUGUAAGGAGUGGGGCCCAGAGUGUUGAAUAAAAGUCUGUUAUUUGC